AUGGCGAAGGGGGACCAAAGGGCCCAAAGGCGUCCAAAGGACCUGCGGGGCCUCAUGUCCACAUUGGAGGAGGGAGUUUUCGCUGAGGACAAAGAGCUGCCUGGGCGCAAUGUGUCUGCUGUGGUGUGUGUUAUUUGGGGCACCACCUCUGAGCCGGCGCUGUUGCCAUUCCCAGAGAUACGGCUCGCCAAUGGGCCCAGCCGGUGCCAGGGGCGAGUGGAGAUCCUCUACAACGGUUCCUGGGGGACGGUCUGCGAUGACGACUGGGACAUUGUGGAUGCCAACGUGGUGUGUCGCCAGCUGGGCUGCGGCUAUGCCAUCGUCCUCCCGGCCGCCAUGACCUUCGGCCAAGGGAGCGGACCCAUCUACCUGGACAACGUGGACUGCAAGGGCCAGGAGGCAGCCUUGAGUGAGUGCUGGAGCCAUGGCUGGGGCAUCCACAACUGCUACCACUAUGAGGACGUGGCUGUCGUAUGCAACGGUGACGGCAGCAUCCGUCUAGUGAGUGGGACCGACUCCUGCCAGGGCCGGGUGGAGAUCUUCUACCGCGGGAACUGGGGCACCGUCUGUGAUGACGACUGGGGCCUGAGCGAUGCCAGCGUGGUGUGCAAGCAAGUGGGCUGCGGCCAAGCCCUGGAUUACAAGAGCAAUGCCUAUUUUGGCUAUGGCACGGGGCGCAUCCUCCUGGACAAUGUCAACUGCGAUGGCAGCGAGCCCUUCCUCUCCGCCUGCUACAGCCUCGGCUGGGGCAUCCAUAACUGCGGCCACCACGAGGAUGCAGGUGUCAUCUGCACAGGGCUGGACACGUCCACCAUCACAUCCUUCACCACUUCGGUGGCCCUGGACUACGAAGAGACGCUUACUGCCACGGCCACAGCGACAGACGGCAGGGACCAGCCCUCCCAGGCCACCAAGGUGGUCACCACUGCCCUCUUUACCGUCGAGCAGGAAAGUGGCGGCGUGCGGCUGGCAAACGGGAAUGGGAGCUGCCGCGGGCGGGUGGAGGUGUGGCACCACGGCACCUGGGGCACCGUCUGCGACGACGACUGGGACUUCCUCGACGCCCAGGUGGUGUGCCGGCAGCUGGGCUGCGGUGCAGCCCUUGCCGCCACCAUCCUCGGCUCCUUCGGCUACGGCAGUGGGCCCAUCCUGCUGGAUAACGUGGGCUGUGGCGGCGGCGAGGCUCGCCUGGCUGACUGCUUUCACCUGGGCUGGGGACAGCACAACUGCGGCCACCACGAGGAUGCUGGGGUCAUUUGCCGAGGUGCUGACGAUGUUGGAGACCAUUUCCAAGAAGCCACCACUAAAACCACCACAUCGGCCCCGACUUAUCCCAAGGAUGGGUCCCUGCGCCUGGUGAACGGCAGCCACCGGUGUGAGGGGCGCGUGGAGAUGUUCUACCUGUCCCAGUGGGGGACAGUGUGCGACGACGCCUGGGACCUGUGGGACGCCAAGGUGGUGUGCAGGCAGCUGGGCUGCGGGCAUGCCACGGCAGCCUGGGGGGAGGCACGCUAUGGCCAGGGCACUGGCUACAUCUUCCUCGACAACCUCAAGUGCAAGGGCCAUGAGCCCUCGCUGCUACGCUGCUCCCACAUCCGCUGGGACGUCCACAACUGCGACCACUCCGAGGAUGCUGGUGCUGCCUGCGGCAUCCUAUGA